AUGGCGCACAAUAUUCCACAGCAAAAAAUUCCAGCGCACAACACUGCACAGCUACCAAUCGCUCAAGCUUUUAUUUGGCUUGAGAAAGGUGGCGAUAUUUUCUUAAACCAAAAUUUGAUCGAAACUAUACGCGAGAUUAUGUCGGUUAAUAAGAAUCAAGUCAUUCCUCAUAUUAUCAAAAAUAUUUAUCCAAGGAUUCCACUAACACUUACGACAAUUCAGAGUCAAGGCCAAAAUGUACAGUUAGUCAAUCAUGAGACAACGAUAAGGGCAAUCUUGCAAGAUGUAUAUAAUCUUGUAAAAUCUGCGAACGUAUUUUACGAGAUGAUGCUUUUAGAAAAUGGUCACAUUUUAAUAAAGUGUAUGACAACUAAUAACCCACAGAUGUUUGAAGAGAUUGCAGCAACGCUAAUAGAUAUCCAUAAUCAUUUACCUUCUGACUAUAAAAUUCAUCUCAGGAAUAUGUUGUAUACUAUGUGUGCAUUAGCUCCACAUCAUACUUUUUUUAUUCGAAUGAAGCUGACUGAUUUAAAAAUCUUGCCUGAAUUUGCAUUGGAAUUGACACUAACUUCUUGUAUGGACGUGCCUUUAUAUUUGGCUGGAAUAUUAGCACGUGAUGCAGAAUGGUUGAGAUUCAACCAAAUUAAGACCGAUACUAUUACCACUUUGCAAAAUAGGCUUAUGAUGACUUUGAAAAAAGAACUGGCAGAGCCAGUGCUACCGUUGACAACUCGUCGAAAUAGGCUCUGCGCUCAGGAAAUUGUAUCUCUGCUUUUUACUGCUGUUUUGGCAGAGGAUAAUAUACGUCCUAUAUUUACGAAUGCAUUUUCUAAAUUAGUAAAUCCUGGAAAUUCGGAUCUAUAUUUGAUUUUCGCAUAUUUGUUCCAUACAAGUCAAUUUGAGCAAAUACAAGAGAUUUGUCGUGAAACAUUAACGCUAGAUGUAAUGAUUGCUCCAUUAGAUAAUGAUUCGGAAGCCUUUAUAAAAGCCCAAUUUAAAGAAGACAUAUUGGCAAAAUGUGCAUUGGAAAUUGAUCCAACAACAUCUUUUUCUGGAUUAGGGUUAUCUAAGGUACCACAAGAUAUUGCAUUUGAGGUUUUCUAUGUUAUGCUGACUGGAGGUGUGUUUCACAAAGGCCGUGUUGAUAUUCAAUCCUGGAUAUUGCGACAAAUUUUGCAAGCAGAGAUCCCAUUACAUGUCAAAAUUGGGUCUUUAUUGAAAGCAUAUGUUCGCAGUAUCUUCGAGGAUCAUUUAUAUCGGUCUCCAAUGACUAAGAUAUCAGAAGACAGGAUAAUUGAUUUUUUCUCAGAAAACUUUACAAAAGUUACGCCUGCGCAUGUCCUCAUGACAUAUUAUGUAUUGACUCUUAAUGAUUUUGCUAAAGAAAAGAAAUUAAAUCAUGCUCAGAAUUCAGAUCAACAAAAAACAGCCUAUUCGUCCAGAUUGACCGAAUUAAUUCCUGCAAGAAGGAUUUUAGUCGAGGCAGAAAAAUGUGACAAUGGCUAUGCUUAUCGUAAUAUUUUUCCUGAGCUCCUUGGUCUUAUGGCUAGUAACUAUCCAGAAAUUUUCGAUAUUGAAAGUUUUCUCAUGGAAGAAGAUCGUGAAAAUGGUAUUCCACUUAAUAAUGGCGAUGUUGAAAAUAUCGUAAUGACUGUAAUAUCUGAAUUAGAAGAUUCAACGGAAAGCGGUUUAGUAUUAAAAAAAUUAGAAGUAGUCGCACCUGAAUAUUUACUUAUACAGUCAGAUUCUCUUAUUUUAAAUCUAUUACCAAAGUUGUUAAAACGAGAACAAGAUUCUGCAAUGCUGGAUUCAAUACGUGAAAUCUGGCAUUUGUUAUACUCUGUUCAUCCCCAUAAAGCUGCUUUAUUAUUUAUGAAUGCUGUACAAAGCGAAGAAGACAGAAGUGCAUGUUUCGUAGAGCGAGAUAUUAUGCUUGAUCCGCUUGUUAUGUUCCGCUGUGAUAGUCGGGUGUUCCGAUGUCCACAAAUAUUUCAGAUAUUUCUGAAGGUCUUGAAAUUCUACCUGGUUGGAUCACGUCUUAGAUUACGACGCGCAUGGCAAGAUGAGCUUACUAAUAAGGAAGUCUUUCCUCUGAAUAAGCUUAAUUACAUGAUUAACAGUCAAGAGACGCUUUUAUUGUCGCUUUUAAUGAAAGAAUGCGAAACUAAGCCAUCUGAUUCGCAAAAUCCUGAUGUAUUGGAUCAAAUUCGAACUGCGACAUUUCGUUUUCUUCAUCAUAUGUUUAUUGAAAAUAUGGAAUCAUUGAGAAAUUUACAUUUUUUGGGUUAUGCAACUGAUUUGAUUCCCUUGACGACUCGUAGAAUUGAAUCUAUGCAUCUUUGCGUAUUUUGGGCGCACGAGUUAAUAUCGCACGAAGAUCCAAAAAAGCAAUUGUUUGGUUUGUGUUUAGCAGGCCAAUUGUGUGAAGUCUGGCCAAUGCAGUCAACGUUUAAUCUUGCCAAGCAUUAUAUUAUUCCGGCAAUUAGACGUAAAACCCUUGAAGUACACGAGAAUGUUUUAUCUGAUGAGGGUAAAACCAUCUUACCUAUAUUAGUUUUAUUAUAUAACGUAUUUAAUAAUUUAAGAGAAGAAGUCGUGACAUUGCUGCGAGCACUUGAAGACAAAUUCAGCUCAUCAAGAGGUUAUGCAACUACUCUCGGUGCAAAACGUAAAUCACAAACAAUUGUUUCUUACUUAUUAACGUCUAUUAACAAAACUCCAAAAAGUGCCAAGAUGAAUCGGGAUAGAGAGAUUAUACCAGUGACGCAGUAA